GAGGGAGCGAGGGGGGGCAGUGUCAUGGCGGCCGGCGCCUUUGUGCCGUUGGCGCAUUCACGGGCGCGCGAAUUUUUACCGCAAAAGAAAAACGAACACCUCACGAAACACCUUGGUCUGCACUAAAACUAAGUAAAGCGAUCGCUCGUCGGAAUUGCAUCUCGCAUUGUAUCGCCGCGCAAUGAAUCGCAUUCGCAUCAACGUGCUGGCGACGUCGGGCCGCGGGCGCGCCGCGAGCCUGAACCGUGUGCCCGAGCCGCAGAGCUGCGCGCACACGAGCCGGCCGUGCAGCCUGGCUCGCCUCGACGGCUACGAAUACUGCCUGAAGCACAUCCUGGACGACCGCGCCGCGCCGUACCGCCAGUGCUGCUACGUGUCGGCACGCAACAGCAAGCGGUGCCCCAAUGCCGCACCCCGCAACGAGCGCAAGGACAGCUCCUCCCUCUGCGCCGAGCAUGCACGGAAGGCCAGCAAAGCUGCACGACAGCAGAUGAGGAAGCAAAGCAGUGGCAUCACCACAGAGAGCAUCCUGGCAGAUCUGGGAAGCUACAUGCUGGAGGACGGGCGGGCCAGAACCACAAAGCACAGCGACGCUUCCAGACUACUGGACGACAGCUGCAGCGAAAGUGAGGGGGAGCGGAUGCAGGUGGACCAUAAUUGGCGCGGGGACCCGGACAGCGAGGCCGAGAGUGUGGACAGUGACCAGGAGGAUCCACUCAAGCACGCGGAGGUAUACACAGCGGAGGAGGUGGCCCUGAUCACACGAGAGAAGCUGAUUCGUCUGCAGUCUCUGUACAUCGACCAAUUCAAGCGCAUGCAGCAUCUUCUGAAGGAGAAGCGCCGUAGAUACCUGCAUUGCCGACGCAGUGAGGAUGAUCCCACCACAGGCAUUGCGGUGGGAGUGGAGGGCAUCCAAGAGCAGGAGGAUCUCCGCCGUCUCAGGGCAAUGAAGCGCUAUCGUCGUCGAUUUGGGGUGGAAGCCCUCCUGCACCGACAGCUGAAGGACCGCAGGACCAUGCUCUCAGACCCACACACAUUGCCGCAGCUGCCAUCCCAUCGUGGUGCACAACGCUGCAUGGGAACUGUGGACGGAGUUCGCUGCAGCAACCGGAUUCUGCCGCUUUCCAAGCACUGCGCAGCGCACAUCUGCCAAGACAGCGCUCAGCUUCUCUUCCGAAUGUGCCCUGGAGUGGAGGGGGCGCCAUGCAAUCGGCCGGUGCCAGUCAGCCUGUCAGACAACCCCCACUGCCCGCUACACACGCCUCUACCCCCCUCUGUUUCGGAGCAGUCCUUGGAACUGAGCGAGGACUGCUCCAAACACAUUGAUGUUGUCGGAGAGGAUCCAGCACAGUCAAGUCAACUGCAAGGGGUGGAAGGUGGCAGCAUGGAGUGGAGCGGUGAACAGAAGGACGGGGCGGGGAACACCGCCGUGUGCCCAUCGCAUGGCAAAGAGCCUCACGUCAGCCCCUCGCCCACAGUGAGCUCGCUUAAUUGAGGGCCUUCUUGGGGCAGCGACGUGGCCUUGCGGUGGUGCGUUCAUCGCUUGUUGCGGAGGUUCAUGGUUCGAUUCCAGCAGUAUUGCGGGUGCAUUCACCCUAACAUGACAUUUAAUCUGCUUCACAGUGGAUUCUAAAGAUCAUAUGGUGUAAUUCGCAAGAGUAGGCCAUUUUGUGCGGCCAUCACGGUCAACAUUUGAAAACAAAUUCCCUGCAAUUUCUUAUUUGGAAUCUGUAUAGAAAUUAUCAUUCCCUACUGUGAAAAUGUGGAAAAGACCCUUCUGAAAGUGUCAUGAGACUCUGAAGCUUUUUCAGGAAAACAAGCACCUGACGUACCAGUCACUGCAAUGAUAACUUGCUACUUGAACUGUUUAUAAAGUGUAACAUUUGCUGCCAGAGCCAGGCGGUAGCGGGAAGCUGUUUUUUUUACAGUACAUGUAACCAGCUACCACCACACUUAAAAUGCAUCUGUGGUGAGAGGUACAAUAGUACGUGAUACUCUGUACAUGUGUGUAGAGCAUGUCUUGUACUGACAAAUAAUAAAUGCGAUUUUG